CUGUAUACUCCAGGAGGAGCUUUGAUGGUGAACAGCUGGCAACGCACUCGCUUGCCUCACGUUCUUUCGAGGUGCUCGCGCGGUCGCGGUGCCCAGACCAAAAGUGCAAUGUGCAAGCUUCAUCAUAGUGCAAAGUUCACUCGCCAUUGUGGAUUGGUUUAAGCGGCACUACCUCCAUCGAAUCCGCCGGCCCACCCGCCCAUGGCGGACGCCGAGGUGGCAGCGAGCGGCGGGGCGGCUGGGGCGCUCAGCCCGGCGGGGGCGCUGGGGCGGUGCCCGGGGCCGAGGCUCAGCAGCUGCUCCACAACAAAUACGGUAAAGGAGCCGGGGUCCAACUGGCGUGCACACAGCAGCCGGCUUCUACCCGCAUUCAAGAGACGGCAUUGCAGGGCCAUGGGCUCCAUCUUCAUUGCGUGGUCUGCGCUGGCGGUGUACUUGUGCGGGGUGCAGCCCGACACGGGGUCCGUCACCAGCGGCCUGAGCCAGGUGCUGUGGGAGCGCAUCCGGGCGUCACGCUCGCAGCCCGGCGCAGCUGUUCGCCGGCGCAGUCUGAAGCUGAUGGUGGUCAUCCUCGUGGUGCCCUGGGAGGCGGUGUCGGCGCGGACCGCGCUGGCCACCGACCCCGAGCGCGACACCGCUGGUCGCGCGCUGACCUGCCGGCACCAGACCAGAGAUAGCCUGGUGUGGAGCCUCGUGUUCCAGCCCGACCGGCCUCCGGCGGGCCGGGGCGGGCGCAAGCGGAAGAGUUCUGCACGGGACGGCAGCGACGUGGACAGCGACGGGGAGGAGGACGGCGGCAGCGGCGAGGACGCGGCCGACACGUACCGGCCGCAGCCCAGGAGGCGGCUGGAGGCGGCUCUGUGAGGAGGAACUGGGCGGCCUGCAGGUGCGGCUGAGGAUCAGGAGGGGGAACCGUGUGCGACUUAACACCCAACGCACCAUAGCGUCAUAGCCGACAACGGACAAGCAUGCGGAUCGUUGGGGAUUUAAAUUAGCACGCUAACACUGGCAUCCCAGGAAGACGCUUCACGCUUGACGACAGGGACUCACCCCAUGUGCUGGGGUCUGUCACCGGGGAGUCGAUUGUGCAAAACUAGGGUUAUGAAACCCC